AUUGAUGUGCAUGACUUUGAGGCAGUACGGGAGCUGUCUGUGAAUCACGUUUGUUCAGUUUUAUAUCUCUCUCUCGCUCUCUGAGUGGCAUUUUAAUGGAUCUAUGUACAAAUUUCCGCCAGUCUUUACUGGAUUUAUUUGCUAGUCCUCAUGAGUAUCGAGAUGCCAUUACCUGUGUAACAACACUCUUUGAACAAGUGCGCCAGACAUGCAGUCGACUCGAUGAAAUGACUGAAAGGAGACUAGCACACCUUCAGAUGUCGCUGCAUCAACAGAUCCUUGAAGAGGAGUCUAGAAAGGUGAGUGAAUGGGUUAAGAAUGAUGGAAGCAGGAAACUCAAACAGCUUGAUGACAUGUCGCCAGACUCGCUGAGUUCGGUCAUCAGCAUCCAAAAAGACUUUGAAAAGUUCUACUUUAAUGCUGUGAAACACAUCGGCCGCGGUGAAGAUGUCUUGGAAGAGAUUCAUACCCUCUCAGAACAAACAGGUGGUGGUGAUGGGGGUAGCAAUGCACCCCUCAAGACCCCCUCGGUCUCCUGCGCUCUUAAGGAUCAGUUGCAUACAUUCAGUCAGAGUCUAGAGAAUAAACGCAAGGAGAUAGAAGAAGCAGUCUGGCUGUACACCAUGCUAGAUAAGGCAUAUGAAUGGUCAUUAGGAGGAAUGAAGUUUGUAGCCAUGCUAGGGAUCGAGGAGACGAGUAACCGGGAGAGAUGUCGCGUCCAUCUUUGUACCUUGGAGAAAUACCUUCGUGAGAACCCUGUUAUCAGUGACGAUGACUUCAAAAAGAUGCUUGAGCUUGCCCGGACACUUGACAAGGGAAAGUGCGUUCAGCAGGGAGAGUUUGCCCAGCGACGGUGUAAAGAGACACAUGGAAUGAUCCAAAAGAGAAUGGAACAACUCCGCAACAUUUUACGCAACCCACGCUUUGCUCAGCGCAAUUCUUAUACCAAUGGAGAUACUCAGGUUUGCAUUCGAAGGACACCCACUGAUGUUAUCAAGAGGAAAUCAACAACGGACUCGCCAAACACGAUUCCAGAGGAAGUCACCAAACCUGUGACAGCAUCUAAUGUUGCUCAGGAAAUCCUACGUAAAGGACCUAAGACGACGCAAACCAAACACCAACGGGACUCUAUGCAUAGCAAUGGAUCGGUGGAUUCGGGAAUAUCAGUGAAUGAAAAAGCAACUGAACGAUUAGCAGCUGCGGCUGCGGCAGGUGCUUCAGCGGGUGCUACGACGGGGGCGCAACAGAACAACACCACCGAAGAUGGGGUUGUGACGUUACGUCAUCCUAGAACAUGUAAAACAAUUGAACCUAUUAGAGAACUUGAACCUAUUCCGGCUGCUAAGAAUGAGGUUAUAAGGACUACUAGUCUUGGACGGUUGGAUGAGGGAUUUGAGGAAAGGGAAGAGGAGUGUGAGAGAGGUGAAGAAACAACGAGUGGAGAUACACCCACGAGCCAGGAAACACAGAAUACUGAUGGUGCUCCUAAAGAAACAGAAACCAGAGAGAAAGAAGAUUUCUUAUCAGAUGAAGAUCUUGAUCAGAGUCAAUGGUCACCUUUAGAUGCCAACCGUCACAUCAGACGAUCCAUCUGUCUGGCAGACAAUCCUCUCAAACUAGAAGCCGAGACUCUCGCCAAGCAGCAUCCUUGUUACCGUCGGUUACUCCUCAUCAUUGAUGAAGUCAUUCAAACAGAACAGGAUUAUGUUCUUGCUCUCAAAUAUAUUCUAGAGAAUUAUGUUGUUGAGAUGGACCGAGAGGACAUCCCCCAGGCAUUGAGGGGUAAGCGGAGUAUUGUCUUUGGUAACUUGGAGAAGAUCUAUCACUUUCAUUCAAGAGUGUUCCUCAGGGAGCUGAAGGGGUGCAUGACCACACCCCUUCAGGUUGGACAAUGUUUCCUCAAACACAGACAAGACUUUAGCAUGUAUGCUCUCUACAACAUGAACAAACCAAAGUCAGAUAGAUUAUUAGCCGAGUUCGGACAUUUCUUUAGGAGCAAGCAGCGUAGGCUGAGGGAUAGCAUGGAUCUAGCAAGUUACCUACUGAAGCCAGUUCAGAGAUUAGGGAAAUACGGUCUUCUUCUGCGAGAUCUUAUCAGACAAUGCCGACCGGAAGAUCAGGAACAAAAUCAUCUCAGAGCUGCUGAAGUAAUGAUUGAGUUUCAGAUGAGGCAUGGAAAUGAUCUUCUUGCUAUGGAUUCUCUUCAAGAAUGUGAUGUCAAUUUGAGAGAGCAAGGGGAACUUCUUAGACAGGCUGAGUUUUUGGUGUAUCGAGGAAUCAGGAAGUGUGUCCGUCAUGUGUUCCUUUUCGAAGAUCUACUCCUGUUCAGUAAACCUAAGAAGACGAGUAAAGGACAUGAUGUAUACCAGUACAAGUUUAGUCUUAAGAUGUCUGACAUUGGUCUGACGGAGAGCAUUGGAGAGACCGGUACUAAGUUUGAGGUUUGGUUCCGAAGGCGUAAAUCAACGGACAAGGCUUACACUCUCCAAGCGAGGUCUGCUCAAAUCAAGAGGGUCUGGACAGCUGAUAUAAGUAGACUACUUUGGCAUCAAGCACUAAGGAGUAAAGAAACUCAUCAACAUGAGCUUUCAUCACUUGGGUUCUCUAGUAGACAGACGUUUGAUAUCAAACCAAGUCAAGAUAGGAUCCACGAUAGGGCUGUCAAUCUCAAAGCUCCAAGGUCAAGAAACUCGAUUGCCAUCUCAUCAUUCAGUACAACCAGCAAGCUCUUUGAUGCAUCAACCUUUUCAUCCAUGACAAACCUGAUGACAACUCAUACAUCAUCCUCCUCAUCCUUCCACUCAUCUCCAUCUCGUCGCUUCUCUCUUGCUGGUUCCAUGUCUCUAGCAAACUACAACAUCCCGGAGCUAGGCGAGAGUGGUAUCGACUUCCCGCCCCCUCAGAGACCUACUGCAGCUAUCAGUCCCACCAACACGCUCCAAGGUACGGACAGCAGCGGUGACAGCAGUGCGUUCAGCGGGGACAACGUAGGACCGGUAUCGCCUACCGGUGUCACCAUGAGGCACGGUGAUCCUCGGGGCAGGAAUCCCUUCGUCAGGAGCGUCCCCUCGCCGAGGAGCUCUCAGAUUUAUCAAGAGACUAUGUUUACAUCUGAAGUAAGGACGAUGAGUGUCAGUUCACUUCAUUCCGAGGCUGCUACCGUGGAAACCGUCUCAAGUCAGAGGAGAUCACAGAGGAGGAGUAAUCAGUUUGUCACGGCUGUAUGAGAAAAUGAUGAGGAAUCCCAAACUGCAAUGCCGUUUCUGUUCUUCUAAAGCUGGUGGCCGUUCUAUUCUGCAUUACUGAUAAAGAGGGAAAGCAUGAGGCCGACAGGACGCCCUCUAUGUUCAAGAUGGUUUCUCUCAGCAGUAUGGAUCUGACAUUAGUCUUGUUAUUCCUCACCUAGUAGAUCACUACAUCUUCUGUGGUUUGAUGAAAGUGGAUUUUUAUUAUCUAAUAAUGCAGCAUCUCUUGAAGGUGAUUUUAAACUUGUAAACUACUUUCAUAAAGGAUCUUAUCAUUUCCUCGGAAUAUUUAUUAAGACUUUUACUUGAGGUAUGGUUUCCGAAUGGCUUUUCUUGGCUUCUAAUGCUGCUUUCGUAGCUUUCCAUAUGUCAUGUGCUGCUGUCUCUAAGCAAAAUUUUGAAUAUUUUUUUAUGUUGCUGACUCCUAGUCUCCCGACUCCUUUGAGGAGUCAAUGGGAUUUUUAUCUGAUAAUAUAUCCAUUCAACUCAUUAACGCUUGAUAUGUUUUAAUCACUCUGUUUUAGAAUGUAGUAGUUUAUUUUAUGUUUCCCAGUUGACUGGUUGAUAUAGCGUUUAUAGUCUAGAUGGAGGCUGGAGCUAUUGUCUUUGCUGUUACACUAAAUAUAAGUGAUCGGUCUGUGGCGAGACUACAAACAGUGACUGCGCUGCCACUGCGUUUACCCUUUUAGCUUGCUUUAAUUGUUCUCUUAUUAUUGACUAUAACUCAGUGGCAGUUUGUCGUAUGAAAAAUCUUCACCAAACAAUAAUUGAUGUUAUAAGAAACAAUGAUUAAAGCACGACGAGGCUCUGCAGUCACUGUUUGUAGUCUCAUCGCAUCAGACUCGAUACAGCAAAGACAAUAUAUGUAUCUUACGCCUAGAUUAUGAACUAACCUUGAACUGUAUCUUGGCAGAGGAUUCCCUGACAUAUCGCUGGUACACCAUGGGGCAUGGUGAUAUCGUCAGCGUUUGAGAGUUGGUUAUCUAUGACAUGAUAAAGAAAAACCUAUUUUUUGUUUGAUACACCUUAUUCCAACAAUGUAGUUUUACCUCUCAUGGCUCAUAGAAUUAAAGCUACCUCUUUUGUAAAUUUAUUUCAGUUUUAGUCAACCAAUUACAGGUAUUGAUAUUGAGAUGGUGCUAUUUCAGUAAGAGAUUGUUAAAAUCUAAUCCGUUUAAGAUUCUCUUAUCGCUGUGUUUUCAAGAAGAAGAUAUUUUUGUAAUGUUAGUUGGAGUGUAAUCAGUGAAUGUUAGAUAUAACGGCGGAAGUCAUGUAUGUGUUAAAUGGCCCAUUCUUGUUGCCCACCGUCUAUUAGCAGCUUUCCCAACGCCGAUCAUGGCCUACACCUUUGUCAAGGUAACUGUAUGAAUAAAAGCCUCAAUGUGUUUGGACUGCCAGGCUGGGACCAGCUCAUGUCCAUAUUAAAUUAAAUACAGAUACAAUACUAUGUACUUUAUGUGGAGUAGUUCAUGCGAUCAGUUUAUUAUCAAUUUGGAUAGUUUCUGCUUUUGUUGAAAUGGAUAAGUUGAAGAGACUCCUGAUACACAUGCAUCAGGUUUGAGGCUGCCUCCGACACUGGCUCUGUAGCUGCCUUCAUGCCUGCCAUUCAAGUGGUGAUACACAUAUACCGUAAGUGGACUGAGGUCUCUUUGAGAUCAUUAUCCCCGUGAUACACAUAAGCCAUCUUCAUGUCGCCUAUUCAUGUGACACGAGUCACCUGACUUUUCACGUCAACGUUUUCUAUUGUUCGUUAGCAAUAACUAGUGUACAAUAUUGUUCAAUGGUCAAUCCGGCCUGAGUUCACUUGAGGGUGAUACACAUACCAAUGGCAGGACUGACUGACACCAUCUUUACACCCAAGGUGAGAACUCAGUCCGAGUGGGUGUCAUUUUGGCAAUCAAAAUGGGAGGUGAUACACUUACAUCGAGUCGCCACCGAUGCCCGCUUCAGUCCACUUUUGAUGUAUGCGUAUCCCCACCCUUAGAAAUGAAGACCGGAUAAUCUAUUAUGUAGAAGAAACAAAAGUAAGACUUGCAAACAUACAUGCUGCAGUUUAAUUGAGAUAUUAUGGAUUAAAUGAGAAAUAUAUAGAUUAUGAAUAUGCCCUUAUCAUUAUCAAUGGAAAGGUAAUGAUGUGGGGAUUAUCAUUAGGUCAUUUGGAAAUCACGAAAAUAAUACACAGGUUGGAAAUCGCCAAUUAAAAAGCGCUGAAAUGCCUCUCCGAAAUAUGCCUCGCAUCGGUCUCUGAAUUGACUCAAAUUUGAUGAUUUGUAUGUGUGUACGAGAGACGUGAUUGGCUCUCCCACAUCAAGCUCCCCUUGCGUGCAAAACCUGUUGCGAGGGUACGUUUUCUCCACACUGUCACUGAAUACUUCAAUCACGAAAUGAAAGAACAGGUUUUGCAUGCAAGUGGAGCUUGACGUGGGAGAGCCAAUCACGUCUAUCGUACACUCAUACACGUCAUCAAAAAUUCCCUAUUUCGCAGACGUAAGCAUUCAGAGAGAGAACUCUAAAACUAUCAAUUAACUGAGUUUCAUCGGUCUUUAUGAUAAAUGAAGCACACCACCGUGUUCUUAUUUUCUCCUUUAAUUUGAUAUAUAAUACUCCAUUUUUUGGAUUUGCAAUAUACUUCUACUUUGAGGAUGGCUGCUUAAUUACGAGGGAUAGGCUUAGGAGAAUCUUGAGGACAGUUUAAUGAUGCGUGUAUUGGCAUUGAGAUGUUAUUGUAUGUCUUCCUAAUUAAGUUGUGCCUUGAUAAUAAUAACACAUUCAUACCAUACAAGAAAUACCCUUGUAGCAUUCUAUCUACAAUGUCAUUAAGCAUGAAACCUUACAAUGUGUCAUGUAACAGUAUUCCAUCUGAGGUCAAUCUAUGCAGUAUAUGAAGCAAUCUUAUUGGUUCGUAUCUCGUCUCAUAUAAUAUGAAGCAGUCUUAUUGGUUCAUUUGUGAUGUAUUCAUGAUUAUUGUGUGUCGACUCAUAUCAGAUGUUUAGUAGAAUGUGUAUUUAUUUGAGUAUCAUAUGUAACCUGAAGACAAGUAGAACACCAGACAGACAGGGUCUUCAAAUGAAGACUUUCCAUGCUGCUCAGAACCAGUAUGCAUGGAAAAAUAUUGGACUGUAGAAUUGCAAUGAAGAAUAUUGGUUAUUCUGGAAUCAAUUUUAGUUUGUAAGAUGACUUUAUAAUCAAUCAAUCAUUCAUUCUAGAUGGCAAACGACUUGGAAAUCAAAUUUGAUUUUCAUAUAUGUACUAACUAUUAAUCCUUCUAGAAAUAUGACCAAUCUAUUUAAUGAUUACUUAUUUCCUGUAAUAUAUGAAACACAGAACCAUGUAAACCUAUGUUUAACUUAUGCUAGACAUUUACAAUAUGUUUGACUAUGUGAUGGAAAUAACUUUUGAAUACUACUUUAGCGUGAAAGUAAUUUUUUGCUUCCAUGUUCUUCCUAAAACUAACCUUUGAAAGAUUUGAAUAUGACUGAAAAUUUGCCAAAAUUACACAAAUAGAUAAAAUAUUACUUAUUCCAGUUUUAUCAAAUAUUCUUCCAUUGUAGACUUUUGUUAUGGUAAUGUCUGUGAUAUAACGAGGUGUGCUAAGGAAAGUUAUUUAUUCCAAUUAAAUGGAUAAAAGUUAUUCAACAUCAUGUUUUAAACCUUUAAAGUAAGGCAGAUGUAAACCUUUUGACUUGUUUCUUAGAGCAGUACUGUGAAGUAUUCUCUUGACUAAAUAUCAUUUCAUUCUCGACUCUUGAGUAAUAUGACCUCGGCUUUGGUUUUUAGAAUCUUGUCUGUAUUUUUAUGUUGCCUGUAUAUUAACUGUCCAAUCGAUAUACAUGUGUAAGUUAUAAAUUGGACAUAAGAAAUUCAGAAUAAAAAUAGGAUCAUGUAAUGAGA